AUGUUUGAUACGGAAAACGGCAUCGUCUAUACCAUUGAAGAAGCCGAUCCUGAACAGCUUUCGUCAACGAUAGAACAGGAGAGCGAUGCCUCAUCAGCUAGUGAACUCUCCUUCGCUGCAGAGUUUUUCGACUGGACAGGUCCGGAGGCGCUAGUAGAGAACGCUGCCUCUCGUCGAAGAUCGGAGUCUGAACAAGCACGCGUUGACCGGGACCCACGCCACGAAACUCCUGAACACAGAGCUAAUCACCACGUCACCGAUUCUGGUGAAGGCACCAAGCCUGACAGCAACGGCACCGAUGCGCAUACGGCGCUCGCUACUCAUGAUCGUCUGAAACCGCUUGAGAAACGCGUUCAUGCUGCUAGCGCUACAAAGCAUUCCAGCCCAGAGGCGAAAGUUGAUACCGUCCGACAAAGCGAGUCUUGGGCGGCGCUUGCGCUCUCGCCUCGCAUGCUACGGGUCGUCGAGUCGCUGGGCUGGAUGCAACCAACUCCUAUUCAGGCCCAAGCGAUACCGGUUGCACUCGCUGGACGAGAUGUGCUCGGAUCUGCUGUAACGGGCUCCGGGAAGACGGCAGCCUUCCUGAUCCCCAUUAUCGAGCGUCUGUAUCGGGCGCAGCGUGCCGAUGGCGUACGCUUCGCCGCUGAUGCCUCACAGACUGCAGCUAUACGCGUUCUUAUCGUCUUACCGACUCGUGAACUCGCAGUCCAGUGUCAUGCGGUGCUUGAGGCAAUUUGCGAUCGUACGGCGAGGGAAAGUGCACGCCGGAUGAAGCAGGGCGUCGCAAAGUUCGUUGGCACGCCCGAGCAGACGCGCCUUCGCUCCGUGCUCCUAGUCGGUGGACUAGCGCUGAAACCGCAGGAACUCGCGCUGCGCCAUGUUCCAGAUAUCAUCAUUGGUACCCCGGGGAGAAUCAUUGAUCACGCUCGAAACGCUCCAAACUUCACUCUCGAUGACGUUGAAAUCCUGGUACUCGAUGAAGCAGAUCGAUUGCUGCAGAUGGGCUUCAUGGAUGAACUGCGAGAGGUGGUUCGACUAUGCGCGGCGAGUGCGCCCUAUCGACAGACGAUGCUGUUCAGCGCGACACUGGACGCUGGUGUUGAGGAACUGGCUCGUUUCGCGCUCGCGCCGGAUCGAGUUGUAACGGUUCGCGUGGAUGCUACGUUUGAUCUCGUUGGAACGCUUGUCCAAGAGUUCGUGAAACUGCAAAUGCCCGAAGUUCUCGUGGAGCCGGCACAAGAUACGCGCGAUACCCUGACGCACGCCGAGCAAGUUGUGCAGACUGAGCGCGCCGCGUUAUUGCUGGCGCUCUGUUCCCGCAGCUUCACCCGCCGAGUCAUUGUUUUUUUCGCCCGCAAAAGGACUGCACAUCUCUUCAAAAUUAUCUUUGAUCUCGUCGGACUACGUGCCGCGGAGUUGCACGGGAACCUAACCCAGGCGCAGCGCCUUGAUGCAUUGGAGGCCUUUCGCACCUGCACCAAUGCAGAUUUUCUGCUCUGCACCGAUCUCGCAGCGCGGGGCCUCGAUAUCCACGGGGUAGAAACGGUGUUGAAUUAUGAGUUGCCGAAAGAUAUUCGGGAAUACGUCCACCGGGUGGGCCGCACUGCACGCGCGGGUAAGCAUGGUCGGGCAGUCUCGAUAUUCCAACAGACAGACCGGAAGGAGCGUCAUCUGCUGCGACGCUUGCGGGAGCAGGCUCGACGAUAUCGGGUAGAUGCUCUCCGGGGAGAUGCACCUGUACCCGCUCCUGUUCUCCUUGAACGUCGAAUACCUGCAACGGUGAUCCGGGAGUGGCGUGAUCGGCUGCAUUCCCUCCUGGAUAGCGUUCGAGAGAAACUGCGACAGGAACGGGAGCAUCGGGAGCUCGAACGUGCUGAACGGCUCGAGCGAAAAGCGCAUAAUCUUCUCAUCCAUGAGCAGGAGAUAUAUGCACGACCGCCGCGAACUUGGUUCCAGAGCAAGGCCGAACGAAAACGUGCGCAGAUGGUUGAUCAGGAACCUGCCUCGAAGGAGCGUUCUGAACGUUCUAAUUCUCACAAACACGAUAAGGUGCGGAAGCGCAAGCUGGUAACAGCGACAAAUCGAGGUGCGCACAACCGGAGUAGGAUGUGA